UUAAUGCGGCAUGAAGCCCUUAACUGUAAAGUAACGAGUACUUCGGAAGAAUAUUGUUUUAAAAUUUUGAUGCAUUGCUACUACACAAUAAAUAUUAAUCCGAGUAAAUGCACUGUUUGUUCCGAAAAUGUGGUGUUGCAUGAUUGCGGUAAUUUUUACGCAUGCGUCAUUUAUUCUGGUCACGGCUAAAGUGGACGAAGUUAUUGUACAUACAGCGGCACACGCAUAUAUGAAUGACGGACUAACGCUAAAACACUAUUCGGACGGUAGAGAUACUGUUACGGUGAUAUUCACUCCCGAUAAUGAAAUUCUGGAAUGCCAUGUGGACAAAGGUGACCCGCAAAUAGCCCAAAAUCUUUUCCAUCAAGCGGUGGAAAAUCCGCUGACCGAAGACCAGUAUUUGUUCCAGGAUGACGUCGCGCGCAUUGGAAGGAAGUGCUCGAAGAUGAUUCGAGAUUUGAAACGUAUGCCGGUUGAGGAGCGCUCACUUUUCCAACAACGAAUUUUAAGUCGCUUAGAAUUGGAUUCGAUACUUCCGUCCACGGAAUACUGUGCUCGACAGAGAGUGCCGGAGAAAGAAGAGGCGAAACUAGAUCAGGAAAUAACCAAACCUUCCGGAAAUGAUAGCGAAAUCCGCUCUGCGGAAACUGAACCGUGCAACGACCAGUCAGCUAAAAGUACAAGCGAGUAUGCCGACAUCGACACUUGUUGCAAACCGUGGCAGAAAUGUGAAGAAACAAUUGACGCUCUCUCGAUAAAUAACCACCUGUUCAAUCCAUUUCCGUGGCCAAUGCGAAGCUGUUCCUGUGAAGAGACUUUCCGCAAAUGUUUCACAAGUGUGCUGCCCAAGCUGAAAGAUCAGCAAGCAGAGCAAGCGAAAAAAUUUUACGAUGCGUAUUUUAAUGAACUGAAGCCGAAAUGCUUUGAACUGUCGCAAAGGAAGGUUUGUAUCGAGUACGAUUUUUGGCAUGCUCAUUGUCUACGAGAAGAGGGCACCGACUAUUUUGUAAUAGGGAAGGCAUAAAUUUUGCAUUUAUUCUUAACGAUAUUAUUGUGAAUAGAAGUCUCCGCAUGCAAAUAUUGUUCGUGGUAUCAUUUUUCAGAACAUUCGGCACUAACAACUGCUACGGGUAGGCGAUCUGUACAGAUAGUUUGUACAUGUACAAUAUCACUUGGUCUAAAACUUAAAACUUUAAUAAUUAGACGAAUAACUACAACAUUACAUCUGGGCUUGGAACUGGGGAAUCACGAUGUUUAAAAAAUAAAUAAUGGCAGUUCUGUG